AUGCCCGACAGCGCGAAAAAGGCGGAGGCGUUUGCGGCGAUAGACUGCGCCAGGGAGGCGGCGGAGGUGGCGGCGCGCAUCAAGGACAACGACCUCUUCUCGCGCAUCCAGGCGGCCGUGGCCCCCAGCAGCGCCGCGGGCCUCGCCAUCGCGCAGGUGCGGGAGCGCUUCGCGUCAGCGCUGCGGUGA